AUGGGAAGCCCCACAGCUCGAGUGGCCCAGGGCUGGGUGCUGCCGCUGGCCAUGCUGCAGCUGGGAUGGCUGCCUCAUCCCACCCGCCUGUGGGCACUUAAGAGCCAGGGGCAGCCAGGGGUAGGCCGGUGGCCAUGGGCUGCCUUGGGGUUGUCCCUCCUUUCCCAGCGGAGGCAAGAGGAGCGGCAGCGGCUGCAGAGGGCUCAGCAGCAAGAACUGCUCCUGGCAGAGACCCUGGGCAAGCACCCCCUGCAAAAUAGGUGGGCGCUGUGGUUCUUCAAGAAUGAUAAGAGCAAGAUGUGGCAGGCAAACCUGCGCCUUGUCACUAAGUUCAGCACUGUGGAAGACUUCUGGGCGCUGUACAGCCACAUCCAGCUCGCCAGCAAGCUCACAUCUGGCUGUGACUAUUCCCUCUUCAAGGAUGGCAUUGAGCCCAUGUGGGAAGACAACCAGAACAAGCGUGGUGGGCGCUGGCUCAUCACCCUGGCCAAGCAGCAGCGGCACACUGAGCUGGACCGUUUCUGGCUGGAGACGCUGCUGUGCCUCAUUGGGGAGAUGUUUGAUGAGUACAGCGAUGAGGUGUGUGGGGCUGUCAUCAACAUCCGCGCCAAGGGGGACAAGAUUGCCAUCUGGACCCGGGAAGCAGAGAACCGGGAAGGAGUCACCCACAUCGGGCGUGUCUACAAGGAGCACCUAGGCCUGUCGCAGAAGGUGGCCAUUGGGUACCAGGCCCAUGCGGAUACGGCCACCAAGAGCGGCUCCCUGACCAAGACCAAGUUUGUGGUGUGA